GGAAGAACGCCCAUCAAGGUGGCCAGAACCUGGGGUAGAGACUGCUUACCUGGUGGUCUUUCUCCUUUUUCUUCUCCGAUUCUGACUUCAGACUAUGGGAUUUCCCACUGCAGGAGAUUAGCUUUACCAAUCUUGUUGGUACUCCUCAGGCCAAUCCAACCAACAACCAUGACUAACCAACCAUGACACCAUUCGGAAAGAAUGUUUAGAAAUGAUCCAGAAAUGACCAAACCCAUGCACAGUAUUUAUGACUUUUGGUUUUACUCCAUUAGUUCCAUUUGCCAUUCACAUGCUCAAGAAAUGUCCAUACUCAGAAAUGUUUUUUUUCAAAUAAACCCUGGAGGAUUGUGAUAUUGGUAUUCUCAUUCUCUUCAGUCCAUUGGAUGCACAUAUGUGAUUUCUAGCUAUAAGAUGACCUCGACCAUCAGAUUUUAAUUUUAUUUAUUUUACUUAGAAAUAUUUUAAAUAUAUUCUAAUUUCCCAUCUCCUAUUGACAUGGCUCUUAUGUGAAGUUAAGUAUUCUCAGCCUUAAUAGAAUUUAUCUUUAAGUAAAUACAAACUCCAUCGAAAAUCAACUAUAGUUAGCAUAUAUUAUGCUCUUGUAUGUGUACUCACUCACAUUUUAAAUGAUAUUUAAAGACACUUUCCAAUUUAUCUGAUCAGUAAAGGACAAGACAAUAACAGAAUAUAACCAUGAUAUUCAGUCACUGAAUUCCAUGGUAUAUUUAACUGUAACCCCUUUCACAUUAUCUGCAUCUGUUUGUUGUUUUUUGAGACACAGUCUUUCUUGCCUCAAACUUGCUAUCCUUCUGUCUCAGCCCCCCAAGUUCUGGGAUUACAGUUGUGCACCACUGUGCAUCCUUGAAUGUCAUCUUCUGCAUCAUACCAUUUCUAAUAACUUUGGUCUUUGGUCAACCAACAUGAGGACAUUUUAUCCAAUGAAAGAUUAUAGUAAAACACUUGGAUUUCUCAAAACUAUGACUAAUUCUAUUCACUUAGAAAUAAAAUUAAAUCUUAAAGUUUUUGUGACAUAUACCAAUUGCUCCUAAUUCCUAUUUUAAAUUAUUGAGUUUUGUUUAGAUAUUGCAAUCAUAUGUACCUUUUGGCCACAGUUUCCCCCUCAAUAGCCUUAUGAUUACCAUUACUGUUCUCAUGUGGCCUUGUAGCAAAGUAAGUCUGUUGUUCAUGCCAUUUAUGAGUCAUGUAUUUUAGAGAACUUAAUGUCUAAUUCAACAUUUAUGUUUCUGACCAACUUUCACAUUUUAAUAAUUUGUUGAUGUGUUUACUGAGACAAAUAUUGUACCUCUUAAACUCAUGAAUUUAUAGCUCUCAUCAGAGAUCAGUUGCACUGCUGAAGAAUCACAGUGGAUUGUGAGCAGUUUGAAUGGCCAGAAGAGUGAUUCUUAGAUGUUCCCACACAUGAAAGACUGAAGUAUGGCCUCCCCUUAGAUCAGCAGACAGUUUGACUCAAGAUCUAGAGUGAGCUUGAAAACCAACUUAAAAACAAAAUACAAGUAUGCACACAUAAUCAAGACCCCUAAGAAACCCUUUACACAUUCAGUUUGAGAAACAUUGACUCAACUUAAAAAUCUUUAUAAUGCCCAGAUUUGGAUAAAAGUCUUUAAAAUGAUCAGUCUUUAUUAUGUUCAAUGUUUAUCUGAAAAUAGCUCAUGGAGUUAUUGAUUUGAACGCAUGGUGGCGGUGUAGGCUAAGAGAAUGAGUAAGAAGUCUUUAGAGUCCUGGGACUCCCUGAUUUGCCUAGAAACUGAAGCAAAAUACGGAACCAUUUGCUGCUGAAGCUAAGACAAAAGCAUUCGGGAGAAGAGGAGUCACCGGGAACUUGUAAGAUCAAAUCGAAAAAUUCCACAGCAAAGACUUUCCGGAAGGCCAAAGUUACCUCCGUGAUUGAGAGCUGAAAGGGAUUUUUUCCCUCCUGUACCAGACCUAACAGUAGAGAUGCCACAAACAAAGGAGCCGGGCAAGGCAAGGCAAAUGAUAAUUUUACUUACACUGAUGCUUUCGUGGGAGGUGGGCUCAGAAUCAAUUCAGUAUGCCAUGCUGGAGGAGACAGAAAGUGGCACCUUUGUGGCCAAUCUGACUAAGGACUUGGGACUAAGGGCGGGAGAAUUGGCUGCGCGGGGCGCUAGAGUGGUUUUCAAGGGGAACAGACAGUAUUUGCAACUUGACCCACAGACCCAGGACUUGGUGCUAAAUGAAAAGCUGGACCGGGAAGAGCUGUGCGGCUCCACGGAGCCUUGUAUGCUGCCUUUCCAGGUGUUACUAAAAAAUCCUUUGCAGUUUUAUCAGGCUGCACUGAGAGUUAUAGAUAUAAAUGACCACGCCCCAGAGUUUCCUGCCAGAGAGGUGCUCCUUAAAAUAUCAGAAAUAACUGCACCGGGAAAGAUAUUCCCUUUGAAAAUGGCGCAGGACUUAGACACUGGCGGCCACAGCAUUCAGAGCUACACUGUCAGCGACAACGGUCACUUCCAUGUACUCACUCGCAGCCGCAGCGAUGGCAAGAAGUUCCCCGAGCUAGUGCUGGACAAGGCAUUGGACCGUGAGGAGCAGGCUCAGCUCAGACUAACACUUACUGCAGUGGAUGGCGGGUCUCCGCCCAGGUCAGGGACCACUGAGAUUCAAAUACUUGUCUUAGAUAUAAAUGACAACACUCCGGAAUUUGCUCAGGAGCUCUAUGAGGUCCAAGUCCCAGAGAACAACCCCAUAGGCACACUGCUUAUUACCCUCUCAGCAAGAGAUUUCGAUACAGGACCCUUUGGAGAGGUUUCUUACGCACUGUUGCAAGAUGAUGAUGUUAACGAGCCUUUUGUAAUAAACACAAAGACAGGGGAGAUUCGACUGAGAAGCACGUUGGAUUUUGAAGCAUUUCAGUCCUAUCAUGUGGGUGUUGAGGCCAUAGAUGGUGGUGGGCUAACAGGAAAGUGCUCUUUAGUUGUGCAAGUAUUGGAUGUGAAUGACAAUGCUCCAGAAGUGAUCCUAUCCUCACUCAACAGCCCCAUCACUGAAAAUUUGCCAAGCAUCGUAGUGGCAGUAUUCAGCGUUUCAGAUGCAGACUCAGAAAAUAACCAGGAGGUUACGUGUUCCAUAGAUGACAAUCUUCCAUUUCUCCUAAGACCAUCCGUGGAGAAUUUCUAUACUUUGGAAACAGAUGGGGCACUAGAUAGAGAGAGCAGAGCUGAGUACAACAUCACCAUCACAGUCACCGACAUGGGCACACCCAGGCACAACCAGCACACCAUAACAGUGCAGGUCUCUGAUGUCAACGACAAUGCCCCUGCCUUCACACAAACCACCUACACCCUGUUUGUCCAGGAGAACAACAGCCCCGCCCUGCACAUAGGCACCAUCAGCGCCACAGACUCAGACUCAGGCUCCAAUGCCCACAUCACCUACUCGCUCCUGCCCACCUAUGACCCUCAGCUAGCCCUUGACUCGCUCAUCUCCAUCAACACCGACAAUGGGCAUCUGUUCGCGCUCAGGGCGCUGGACUAUGAGGCCCUGGAGACUUUCGAGUUCCACGUGGGCGCCACAGACCAAGGCUCCCCUGCGCUCAGCAGCCAGGCGCUGGUGCAUGUGCUGGUGCUGGACGCCAACGACAAUGCGCCCUUCGUGCUCUACCCGCUGCAGAACGCCUCUGCACCCUGCACAGAGCUGCUGCCCAGGGCGGCAGAGCCAGGCUACCUGGUCACCAAGGUGGUGGCAGUGGACCGCGACUCUGGACAGAAUGCCUGGCUGUCCUUCCAGCUGCUCAAGGCCACAGAGCCCGGGUUGUUCAGUGUGUGGGCUCACAAUGGCGAGGUGCGCACCUCCAGGCUGCUGAGUGAGCGCGAUGCUCCCAAGCACAGGUUGCUGCUGCUGGUCAAGGACAAUGGAGAUCCUCCAAGGUCUGCCAGUGUCACUCUGCAUGUGCUGCUAGUGGAUGGCUUCUCUCAGCCCUACCUGCCUCUGCCAGAGGUGGCGCGGGACCCUGCGCACGACAAUGAAGAUUUGCUCACUCUGUACCUGGUCAUCGCCUUGGCUUCUGUGUCUUCCAUCUUCCUGUUGUCUGUGCUGCUGUUCGUUGGGGUGAGGCUGUGCAGGAGGGCCAGGGCGGCCUCUCUGGGUGGCUGCUCUGUGCCUGAGGGACACUUUCCUGGUCACCUGGUGGAUGUCAGCGGGGCAGGGACCUUGUCCCAGAGCUACCAGUAUGAGGUGUGUCUGAGGGAAGACUCUGGGAGUGGUGAGUUCAAAUUUCUAAAGGCAAUUAACCCCCACUUCCCUCCUUUGGAAUCUGAGAGGAAAACAGAGGAAACUCCUACUCUUCGGAAUAGCUUCCUAUUCAUCUAAAUACCAUAGUGUAGUAGUCAAUUCUGUCUAAGCUUAGAAGUACCUUUUAACCUGAAUCCGCAUGCUAUUGAUGUAUGUUUGGUGAGGCUUUUGGUAUUACUUUUUAUAAUAGUUCCUGAAACUGGAAUCCAGUGUCUCCUGCCUGUUAGGGAAACUCAACCAUAGAGCUAAACUGUACACCUUUUUAUUUACUUAUUUUUUUCUAUUUUUGAGACAUGGUCUCACUUUGUAGCCUGUGGUGGUCGGAACCUUGCUAUGUAGAACUGGCUGGCCUGAAACUCAGAGAGACCCACUUGCCUCUGCCACCUUAGUGCUACGAUUAGAAACCUUUGUCAUCAUGCCUGGUCUUGCCUGUCCUGUUGCUAUUAUUCUUGAUAUUGUACCCUUUUUUCAGGACAGGGUUUCUCUGUGUAGCCCUGACUGUCCUGGAACUCUCUCUAUAGACCAGAAUGGCCU